CGAUCGUGUCGUUAGGCAAAACAAUACUCCUGCAAACCCCGUAGGACUGUCGUCGUCGACAUGUUUAGCACCGCCGCCAAGGCCACGUCCGUGGAUGCAAUUGCUGCGUCCAUGAACACCAUGAAGAUUUGCCACGGCUCCAAGAUCAACAUGCAGGAACAUGAUAGUUGGUGCAAGCAAACCGUGCGCAACCCCAUCGUGAUUUCGGUGUCCGAGCCCGAAACCCGCGGCAGCUACAUCAAAAAGUACACGACGUACGCUGUGCGCCAAGACUCGUCUUCCGGGGUCCGUCGGCGCUUCAGUGACUUUUCGUGGCUACAUGCGACGUUGGCCGGUCGAUACGUGGGCAUGCUGAUUCCAUCGAUGCCAGAGAAAGUCGUGUACAAGUCGGACGCGUGCAUCCGGAGCCGCAUGCGCGGGCUGACCAUCUUCGUCAACCAGAUCAUGCGCUCGCCGUACCUUCGGCAGGACGCGGCGGUCGUCGGGUUUCUCGGCGUGGCCGACGACACUGAGUGGGACCAUGUUAAAAAGUCGUCCAGUGUGUUGGAGAACGCAGGGGUGGGCCAUCUGAAGUGGAUGCAAUGCUUGAUGGCGUCGGUGGUCCCCGACGACCCAGACAAAUUUCUCGUAGGCAUCAAGCGAGACGUUGAACAUGUCGAGAAGUGUUGUGCGGACUUGUCGACAAGCACCAAAAAAAUCGAAGAAAAGUGCUCGGCGUUGUCCAAAGACAUUUCCGAGCUGCAUUUGGUGUUUAAUCAAUGGAAGAACGUCGAAUUCAACGCCUGUGAUGACAAGCACACGGAGCUCAACGCAAUCUUGUCCACCACCACGACGACGAUGGCAGGGUGGCAUGACGUGCAGUACCACCAACCAGUGAUCCACGACCUCAUGCUGCACGAAGGCAUCAAGUACAUCGCCGCGCAAGUCCGGGAUUUUAAGGACAUUCUCAAGCAGCGCGACGCGGCACUGGCACAACACGACAAGGUGACCAAGCCCACGCCCGCCGUUGGAGUUUCGAAGACGCACUCGUACUUUCCUCGGUAUGUCGCCACUGAGCCGACUGCGGCCGACAUGGAAGCAUCGGCGUCUCGGCACGAACACAUCGCGUCGUGUAUCACGCGCGCGCUGUUCUUCUCGGAAGCCAAGCGCAUCAAGUCGCUGAAGGCGCAGUUGUUGCGGGACACGAUGGGGCCGUUUGCGUGUGCAGAGUACCACGUAGCAAAACGCGUGAGUAUUCUAUGUUAGUAGUAGACCUACUAAAGCCCCCUUGGGACCUACUAAUGAACUGGUGUUGGUAGAUGGCGACGGUGUGGGGCAACUUUAUGUCGGCCGCAGACAUUUCCCAGACAGUAUUAUUCGACUUCGUAUUCAUGAUGGAAGCGACUGAAGAUGAUGGUACUUAGGAAAUGCUCGCGGCGGCCAAGGGGGUGUUGGAUGCCGCCGAUGCCGCCGACCCUCACGACAAUCAAGUCGACGCUACUUCAUAAGCCGAUCGUGCGCGACUUCAUCAUACUCGGCAGGUUGUAUCCAGUUGUAGGCUGUACAUACUAGUACUGGAUCCUGCUGGCCAGCACUGUACUACUAGUACUUAGUAGGUAGUACUUGUAGUUAACCGUCAAACUUGCCCGUGUUGCAUACUACGUACAUACAUUCUCC